AUGAGUUUCAGUCGUCAGUCAGUUUUACUACCACUUCCAAAAUAUCCACCAAUUACAAAACCUAAAACGUUAUUGACUUCAACAUUACGUGCAAUCCCUGUGGCAGAGCCUCCGUUAAUCGCCAGGUUAAAGCAAUCUUCAAGACAAUCACUGAAACCUACAACAUGUUCAACUGUGAUUCAUAAAACAAAAGAGCCAAAACCUGUUGUGCCGCAUUGUCUACCACGGAAUACUGAAAAACAAAUAGCAACAGGUCUUUCAACGAAAGAUGAAUGUACACAUAUUACUAAUAAUUUACAAUCAAUUGUAAAACGCUCAGAAAAAAGAUUGUUGACGCCAGUUCAUUGUUCAAUAGUAGAACAAUCAUCAAACAAUUUUCGUCGUACAAAAUCACUACGUGUUCCAAAAGCAAACAUUGAUCGUCGUUCAAAUGUCCAACCAUCUUUGUCAAAUAAUAAAAUACACGAUUUUGAUAAUAAAUCGAUCUCAGAUAGAUCAAGUGAACAUAGCAGUAGUGGUACUGCAUUACAACGUCGUAGUUCAGUAAGAAAUAUUUCGUCUAUUGACAAAUUUAGUGGUAUUCGAUGUUAUUUACAAAAUAGUUCCACAAAAAUACAAGCGUGUAAGUUAUUUGUUUAUGACGUGAUCUCGAAUGAUCGCAUGUUAACAAUUAAAAAUAAUAUAAAAGAUAGUACUAAUCAUAGUCCAUGGAGAGAACGAUUUCAAAUGUUUUUAUCGAAUGUUAGUCCAAAUGAACCAAUUGCAAAUAAAAAUUCUAAUAAAGAAAAUCAAACGCCAACAUUUCAUCGUGAUACAAAAAAAACAUUCAAUGUUGUUAAUAUUAAAAGAACUAAUUAA